AUGGGGCUGAGACUCUUGAGAGUUGUGGUUUAUCACUUUACUGGGAGGCAGAGGAUGAAAGAUCGCGAAGGGACAGCAAGAAAAACAGGGGAUGAAGACGUAAUUUGUCUUUCCGACGCUCUUGAUACCAUAAAGAAUGCAAGACACGCUUUUGUUUUGGAAAUUGUUGUCCACUCUGCUGUCCUUCAACGUGUACAAUAUUACAUAAUUAAGGAGAAAUCCCAGUCAGUUAUUCAAGAUGAAAUCCCUGGUUUGCAAGAAGAUGCUUAUUUACUGCAUGCUGUGAAUUCGGAUUUUGAGAAGCAAUCUGGUGGCCAAGAUGACUCAAAGGGAGCUUCCAUGUUUAAGUACUGGCAUUGGAAGUUUCUAGUGUUGUGUGGGAUUGCAGUACUAUGUGUGGACCCUUUGUUCUUGUACCUUCCUGUGAUCAACCACGAUGACAAGUGUCUUAUGUUAGAUAGAAGAUUAAUGAUCACAGCUCUUGGCUUCCGAUUGUUCUUCGAUUUUAUUUACGUUGGGAAUAUCAUUUUGGGAUACUUUAAUCGUAGACAUGGAGGGACUGGGUUAAAGCCAUAUGAUCGCCAACCUUGGCAAAUAAUAAAGAGGUAUUUGAGGACGUACUUCGCAAUUGACAUCCUCGCUAUUCUUCCAAUCCCACAAGUUUUAGUUCCAUUUAUUUUCUCAAAAUUGACGAGAUCGAAAUUUUUGGACUUAAGGAAGAUCCUAAACCUCUUUGUUCUCUUGCAAUAUGUGCCAAGAGUUCUUCGAAUCUACCUAUCAUGGACGAAACAUGUUAAAAGUUCCGAGUUCGCUAGAAGAGUAUGGAUUAAAGCUGCAUUCAAUAUUUUUCAAUAUAUCCUUGCCAGCCAUGUACUUGGUGGCCUUUGGUACUUUUUCUCUAUCCAACGAGAGACGGCAUGCUGGCACUUAGCAUGUGAAAAUCAUAUUGGAUGUACUCAAAGUUCUUUUAAAUGUGGUCACAAUUUAGAAAAUUACACAUUUUUAGAUGAUGCUUGCCCGGUACAAAUACCAAAUAAAACGCUCGUUGAUUUUGGAAUAUUCCUUGAUGCCAUUCAAUCUGGUACUGUGACGUCCACAAAUAUUCCACAAAAGAUCAUGUACUGUUUCUGGUGGGGCCUACGAAAUUUGAGUUCUCUUGGUCAAAACCUUCAAACAAGUACUUAUUUCUGGGAAAACUGCUUCGCAGUUUUUAUUUCGAUCUAUGGUUUGCUACUGUUUUUAUACUUCAUCGGUAAUGCACAGACAUACAUACAAAUAGCAACUGAGAAGGCUGCUAAUAAGGCUAAAAAGUUGGACGAGAUUGAAUGUGAAAUGGGACUUAUAAAAACAAGAGUAGAGUCCUGGAUGGCUAGAAACCAUCUCCCUCACAAUAUGAAAGAGCCAAUCAUCAGCUGCAUACGACAGAGACUGAAAGAAAACAAAGAUUUUGAUAUGGACAAACUCAUCUCCCAUCUUUCUAAAGAUCUUGUAACAGAGAUUAAGCACCAUCUUUGUUUACCCUUGCUACAAAAAAUUCCAAUACUUGAAAAUCAAGGUGAAAAUCUGCUGGAACGGAUCUGCGAAUCUCUCAAGCCAAAGAACUACAAUGAGGACAGCUACAUUCUCCGGGAGGGAGAACCAGUUACUGCGAUGGUCUUCACCACGCAAGGCAGUGUAUGGUGCUUCAAAACCAGUAGUGAUGAGAAUGGUGACGGCGUUGAUCAUCAGUCUAUUGAUAAAUUUGAGAUGUACGGAGAAGAACUUCUACAAUGGUUGAACCACUCCCCCUUGCAUAAAAAAAUGCUCCCAAUUACCUCCGCCAAAACUGUCAGAACCCACUCAAAAGUUGAAACCUUUGCUCUAACGGCCAAUGACUUGAAACAUCUAGUUCCCAUGCAUACCAGAGCAGCAGAAGCUACAAAAGGGUUUGUACAAGGAGUUAUACGGCACCUUAAUUAA